AUGGACUUCAUCUUCUUCAUCUUUAGUGGCUCGAUUGCUUGUCCUGCAAACAAUGGCACUUACCUACGGUUGUCAUGCGUCAAGAGCAUCGUUGCCGCCACCGCCAACGCGAGCACCACAGCCCGCUUCACGCUCGAGCCCCGACGGCAGCCAGAUGUGCCCGACCAGCAGGCGCCAGCUCCGCCAAAGGGGCCCGUGCCCGCUGUAGCCGCGAGCGCCGUCCCCGCGGGUCUCGGUGGCCCUGGGAAGGCUACGGAAGAUGCGGCGCAAAGGGCCAAGUCAGCGCAGCUGGACGCGGGAAAAGACGGCACCAAACGGCCUCCUCCUGCUGCUGUUCCCGCCGCUAUUUCUGUGGGGCCUAUACUAGUGCCACACGCUCCGCCCAAAGAACAAGGACCAGAAGUGAACAGAGCUCCUGACGGCCAUAUUAUCGGUCCAAGUUCUACGCGUGUUCCCCGUACACCUCCACUGAAACCGACGUUAGCAAAAGACAGUAAACCGUCUCCUACAACUUCCAAGAAGCUUGGGCCGGUAAACGUGGUAACGGCGAAGGAGGCGUCUUCAAGCAGGCCACAGUUCGCAGGUGGCAGAAUCGUUGUUAAAGGCGGCAUCACACCACAGAAUAAUGUAGUGGACAUGCCUGCUGCCUCAACUGCUCAAACAGUGGGACGUAGCUUGCCAACUCUUGCCAAUGCGGCGUCCACCAAGUUCGGCGCGGUUCCUGAAACUCAACAAAAGCCGCCUGUACUUCAUGAACCAAACGUGAAGCCUCCUACUGAUGCACUUCUACCCAAGGUUCCUCACGUUUCGCCAGCUGGUGCUUCUUCUAAAGCAGCCGCAACAGCUGACACUCUGCCGCGCGUUGAUCAGCAGGCUAAUAAUGCACCCUUUCGUGCAGUGGAUAAAAUUCAGAACCCUGCGCUAUUUCCUGAAAAACACCUGGGGCUCCCAACGAUACCGAAAGGACAAAGAUCACCACCGCGACAAGAAGCGCCUGGAGCACCACUUCGUGGCCCCCUUAUGGUGCAGGGCGCAGCCGAAGGCCUAAAAAAGGAUGGCCCGAUAAGGCAACAAGGACCGGCGUCUCCAAAGACUACAGACGCUGCUAAACCUUCGAGUAUAGGCACGCAGGACGUGCUUCAUAAAACACGACCUCGCGGCGCUCAAGUACUUCUGCGCCCUAUGGCGCCCAAGAAGGUUGAGGCAGAGCCAUUCAAAAAAGUGUUAAAUGGACAACCGAUCACUACGGAGGUAAGGGCCCUAAAUCACGACCAGAGAGUUGCUGAUGCAAAGUUGCCAAAGCCACUUGUUACCACGGCCGUGACAGUUGCGCCUACAGGAAGGCCGGGUGAAUCAGAAAAGAAAAGCACUGCCACAAAGCAAAAUGAGAAUUUGGAACUUCGGGACAAAGAAUCGCCGAAAAUAGCGUUUGGAAAAGUAAAACACGUAGCCACAGGUAGUAACAAAAAGUCUCCCGAAAGAAACAAAGAGCCCAGAGUUAUGUCCGCCAAAUCAAAACCCGAGGUCGCCCACAAGGCCUUGCCAAGCAAAGACCACGCUGAAAAGCCCGAAUGUCACACGAAGGCCAACAAGAAACGCUAUCGUGACUAUUCCAACGACUUAAGCGGUCCUUCAGAAAUCACCGUGAAGCAGCAAGAAACUCGCAUAAAAGUAGACGAAGCAAGAAUAAAGAAGGAGUAUCCCUCACAUCGUGACCAAAUACAAGCGGAUGUGAAGCAUCUUGGUGAAGCCAGGAGAACAGCGCUUGAGCCUGCAGUUGCCGACGGCAUUGGCAACGAAAAGAAAAGAAAACGGUCUGUGUAUUCGGAGGACAAAAUUGAUUAUUCUGAUACUGACGAAGCGGUAAGAACCGGGGAAGACACCUGCGACAAGAAGGCGAUGCCUCGGAAAGGAAAAGCUCCCUCUAAGAAAACUCUGCCGCAAGUAGAAUCAAGUGAAGUACCUCACCAGAAGAAACUGGCUGGCACAAAAGCAGCGGAGGCAGCGGUGAAGCCGGCUGGAGCCGUACGAGCGGUAAGGAUUCACCGGCCACCUGCGAAGAUCAACUCUACCACUAAACAAGCACGCAAAUCGGCACACCAUCAAGAAGGCGGCACAAUUCACAGAGAGGAGAGACUCGUCGAUCAGACCUCGAAGAGGGCGCAUGUUACAAAAGGUGUCACAGGAAACGCAAAGCCUGCAUCUGUCCAGACAGCGUUUCAGAAAGCACAUCAGCCACGGCGUCGUAGUACGCAUUCCGAUGUCCCGACGGUCACGGAUGUUAGUGAAAAUUCAACCGUUAGGCUUACAGAUAGCCCGUACACCCAGUCUCUUGCGCACAAUGUUGCCGAGAGAGGAGCCAGCAAAGGAACCAGCCACAAAAAGGGAACGUUGACAGCAGGUACUACCGUGGCUGGUACUACUGCCGUUCCGACUUCCAGGGUUCCCAGUACGGUUGGCAGCACUGCUCGCACCACGAUGUCCACAACCUCAGCAGCACAUACGACGCAAGGCACCACCGGAGCAGUUUCCACGGCUGGCGGUAGUGGCACUUACAGCGGCUGCGACAGCAGCAGCAGCUUGGAAUUACUGAGGAUGAUGCUCUCCAGGAACCUUCCUCAACCGCCGCCUGAAGACUCGCACACAAAGAGGCGCAUGAUCGGCGCACUGAUGGCCACGACAGCUUUGGUCCUGGCAAUCACGACAGCGUGCCUAACUAUCGCUUUUGUCGCUAGAUACGCGGUGGUGGAAUGGAACGAGGACGCCGUCAGUGUCGACGGGUAAGCCUCGCGUUACCUUUGAAUCGGCGUGGCGAGAUGUUCAGUCGCACAAAUUGUCAUAUGCUUCCUUAGAGCGGCUUCAAUCACGCGCAAUGUGCGCAUUUCCCACAACGCAACAGUAGGUGCACCUGAAAAAGAACGCACCUCCGUGCGCACACGUC